AUGGGGGCGAGGAUUGUAGAGAGACAGUUUUGUGGGCAGUCAUGGCAAAAAGAUCCUGUGAACGGCGGGUGGCUUAAACACGAAAAGCAGAAUAAUAUAAAACUUGUAAUAGACUGCAAAUCACUGAGACUGGCGGGAGCUAGAGACACGUUCUCCUCACUUACUUAUCUUGUUCUCGUAGUGUCCGGAGGAUGGAGUAGUUGGGGAGCCUGGUGCGAGUGUACCAAGACCUGUGGGAGAGGGUCACAAUACCGCAAGCGAUCCUGCACUAAACCCGGAGGGACCGGCUGUGUGGGACCCUCCAGAGAAUACAAGUCGUGUAUGAUCAAACAAUGCAACUUAGAUGGAGGCUGGUCUGCUUGGUCAAGCUGGGGACAAUGCAAGGGAUCCUGCGGAACGGGAUUACAGACGCGAAAACGGUCCUGUACGAACCCGCCUCCUGGAUAUGGAGGAAAGAAAUGCAUGGGCGCAUCUCAACAGCACAGGAAUUGUAUCCUUAGUAGGUGCCGGGAUGGAGGUUGGUCUGCUUGGUCAAGCUGGGGACAAUGUACGGGAUCUUGCGGGACGGGACUACAGACCCGAAAACGGUCCUGUACAAACCCGCCUCCUGGAUAUGGAGGAAAGAAAUGUAUGGGCUCGUCCCAACAGCAUAAGAAUUGCCUCCUCAAACGAUGCCCAGUAAAUGGAGGUUGUAAGCCUUGGAGUAAAUGGCGCGCAUGUUCUAAGACGUGUGGCACUGGGUCACAGUACCGCACCAGGAGCUGUACCAGGCCUCGCCCGGCAUAUGGUGGUAAAAAGUGUACUGGGCUUGCUAGACAGACCAGGAGAUGUAAUACUCAUCACUGCCCUGUUAAAGGAGGCUGGAGUCUUUGGAGUAAAUGGUGUACGUGCUCUAAAUCAUGUGGGACUGGAUCACAGUACCGGACAAGAUCCUGUUCCAGGCCUCCUCCUUCAUACGGUGGAAAACAUUGCACUGGGCCUAGCAAGCAAACCCGGAACUGCAACAAUCGCCGUUGUCCUGUUAAUGGAAGAUGGUCAACCUGGGGUAGCUGGGGUGCAUGCUCAAAAACAUGUGGAGUCGGAAAGCAGUAUAGCAAGCGAAAAUGUAACAAUCCUGCACCAAAAUAUGGCGGGCGGAACUGCUAUGGAUCAAAUGUUAGAUCACGAUCGUGCAAUGUUAAAACUUGUCCAGUAAAUGGAGGCUGGAGUCUUUGGAGCAAAUGGUGCGAAUGCUCUAAAUCGUGUGGCAGUGGAUGGCAGCACCGCACAAGGACUUGUACCAGGCCUCCUCCGACCUAUGGUGGUAAACUAUGCAGUGGGUUAACCAAGCAGUCCAGACACUGUAACACUCGGCGCUGUCCUGUAAAUGGAGGCUGGGGUCCCUGGGGUAAAUGGUGGGCCUGCUCUAAAUCGUGUGGCACUGGGUCACAGUUUCGAACAAGGACCUGUACCAAGCCUCCCCCGGCAUACAGUGGCAAACAUUGCACUGGCGUGAACAGACAGACCAAGAGUUGUAACAUUCAUCACUGUCCUGUUCAUGGAGGAUGGUCCAAUUGGGGAAACUGGGGCGCAUGCUCAAAAACUUGUGGAGCUGGAAAACGGUAUAGCAAGCGACGUUGUGACACUCCAGCGCCAAAAUAUGGCGGCAGGAAAUGCUAUGGAACAAAUUUAAGAACCCAGGCAUGCAACGUCAAUCCUUGCCCAGUAAACGGCCGUUGGUCACUGUGGGGAAAAUGGUCCGCGUGCACAAAGACUUGUGGGACUGGAGGGAGUCAAACACGCCGUAGAACCUGUACCAAUCCCCCGCCGAAAUAUGGAGGAGUGUGCAUUGGACCGGGUGUUCAGACUAAAACGUGUCUGGUGAAAAGAUGUUCAGUGAAUGGCGUUUGGAGUACGUGGGGCCACUGGCGCGCAUGCUCUGUGACAUGUGGCACUGGUACACAAUUCCGCAGUCGCUAUUGUAACAAACCGAGACCAGCAUAUGGCGGCAAGUACUGCUCUGGACCGAGUAAACAGACGAAGAAAUGCAUAAAAAAUCCUUGCCCAAUAAACGGUCGUUGGACACUAUGGUCGACAUGGGAAGACUGCUCUAAAACAUGUGGGUCUGGAACCAAGGCUAGGAGGCGAUCUUGUUCCAAUCCUCCGCCCCAGCAUGGAGGACAAGCGUGCACUGGGCCGAGUAAACAGACCAAGUCGUGUUUGCUUAAGGAUUGUCCGAGUUAUGUAAGUUGGGGUUCCUGGGGUGCAUGGUCAGCAUGCUCCAAAACCUGCGGUGGCGGAACACAGAAUCGUAAACGGAAAUGUCAAGGUUACAGCCAGGGAUAUGGUGACUGCGCAGGCGCAAAUGAAGAGACUCGCGUGUGUAACACACAAUCAUGUCCUGCCGUUGACGGCGGCUGGGGAGACUGGAGCGCUUGGAGCGCAUGCAGUGUAACUUGUGGGCCUGGCACUAGUAUUAGAAGCAGGAAAUGUGAUAACCCAGCCCCAAGCCCCGGCGGCCAGCCAUGUGUAGGACUUCCCUUUGCGAACAGGCCUUGUAACGAAGGAUCAUGUCCAAACAGUGACGACUGUUGGAGCGAAUGGAGUGACUGGAGCAACUGCAGUAAAGUUUGCAGCUGUGGCAAGAAAUACAGGGUCCGUUAUUGCAAGUGCGGGCAUGGGCAGGGGAAUGAAAAAUGUCAAGGGAAGACUGAUAACUCUCAGAGUUGUAACUGCCAACCCUGCCCUAACGGACCUCCUGCUGAUGACGUAACGGAAGGUUAAAGACACCGAGAAGCAUUGGAGACGUACAUUUUAGUAGUUUGCGACUAAUCUAGCUCUUUCGUGACGUGUGAAAUAUCUUCAAAGAAAUUCGACGUUAAGAUGCUCUCAUAUUAUCGACAUAGCCUGUUCUCUUUUUCCUUUAUCGGUAACAGCACUAAAGUUCAUAAGCUUUUGGAGCUUCUGUUUGCCUUUUUGAUAUGCGGGACGUCUUUGUGUUUGUAAUGUACCAAUGGAAAGGCAUGCCAUGGCUCAAGUUCAUAACUAAAUAAAUGGUGUUUUAAAAUUUU